AUGUUUGAAUUGGAAAAAUUAUUAGCAAGUUAUGGUCAUCCGAUUCUAAGAGAGAGAAUAAAGUAUUUGGGGAAAUGUAAGUACGAUAUUUUAGAUAGCAAUAACCCCAAUAUUGUAUCAUUCAAUCUUUUUGGACAAGAAAAUGAAACUGUUUUUGACCAUGAUGAUUUUGUAUAUAAACUAUAUUUUUCUACUUUAAAAUACACUGAGGAAAAUAAAAAAAGUUUAACUUUAGAAAAUAAAGAAAAUUAUCCAAAGAAGGGAUUUUUGACAAAUAUUAAAAAAAAAUCCUUUAAGGAUUUUAAUUUAGUAAUAGAAGUUUAUAACGAACAUAUUCGACAGCUUUGGAAUGACGCAAAACAACUCAUUGAGCAUUAUAGGAAUAUUGCUAGUAAUGAUAUCGAAAUAUAUGAAUGUAAAAACAUCAAUGAUUGUUUGAUAAUUUACUUACCAAGUAGUUCAAUAAUGGAAGUAUUUUCCGAUUUAAAUAAUAGUAAUGCAUCAAAAAACGCAGCUUUUGAAAUGAUAACUUCCUCGAUAAAAAGCUGCCUUUAUUGUGGUAGCCUUCUAAAUACAAUAAGAUACAUGUCAUUCUAUUGUUCACUGGAAAGCAAAACAAUUGCAGAAGAGAUCAACAUUGAAAACUACUCUCUUAUAUAUAUUACUUUACUUUCAAAUAAGAAAAUAUAUGCGUUUUACCCUGAUUUGCAAAUUAAAGAUAAAUUCGCAAUACUAGCAAUUGAAUUUUUUGACAAAUUAAUAAGAAGAAAUAUAUUAACUAAUAACUUUGUUCAAGAGAUAUCAAUUGCAAUUAAUCAAAGUGAGAUUUCUAUUUUUAAAAAUCAGUUUGGUUUUGAUAAAAUAUCAAUAUCUUUUUCGAACACAUUGCCGAAGAGUGUUGAUGAAAUCUUUUCAAAUCAAAAAACUGACAUUAAUUCCAGUGAUAAAUCUUUUAUAAUUUUUUGUAUCCCAAUUUCUUGGCUAGAUUCCACCGACGAUUACAUUAAAUUAUAUUUCGCCGGUUUCAUAACAUUAAUUAAUAAUCUAUUACUAAAAAUGAUCCCACAAUGCAAAAGCACAAUUAGAUGUGGGCUAAGAAAACAUGUACUUGAAUUAACCAACCAAGAAUAUGAAGGAUGCUAA